AUGGCCAAGGAGGAGGCGCGACGAGACUCGGGCUUGGGCGCCUCGCAGACGGCAGAAGUGGCAUAUUUGGAGAAGAUGGGCUUGGAGUAUGAAGAGCAUGACAUCACGGAAUUUACCUUUCGAAAGCUGGCGGAUCUGUCCGGCUUUGGCUUGGCGGCCAAGAGGAUUGCCUUUCCAGGCAAGAUCAUUUUAUCCGCACUGGAUUGCAUCGUGUCCUUUCCGGGCAAGUACAGCAAGGCUGGAAGUCGAUGCCAACGCCAGGAAUGGGACGCCGCUGUGUCAUCGACGCAGCAGGGGAACGGAUGCUCACUGGCAUGCGUCUUUCUCACAGACCGCGCUUCAGGAUUGGCAGACAAUCCUGAUACACCAGGACGGUGUUGGUGUCACACCAUUUACGGCGAGUUGCCACUAGAUACCUACCUGAUGGUGAUUGAUGUGCACGAUGAAACCAAUGGACCCAUCACUGAAGAAGUCUUGGCGUUCAAGAGAGCCGAUGCUGCUGCCAUGGGAUUGGUGUUGGUCAUCAAAGAGGACCAAACAGAGCUUGAGUGGGAGAGUGAGCUCAACCAGGCAUUGAAGAUUGCGGAGGAGAGGUGCAGGCAGAACGGAUGCAGAGCACCUUGGGGAUGCUCCUGGUUCGAAGAGUGGAGGAAGAACGUCGAGGAGGCUAUGAGGCUUGGGCAAAAAUUGCACGUGUUCUACUUCGAAGGCAAAGUGGGCCGUGGAAAGCUCGCGUGGCCGAAGCUUUGCGAUAGCAUGGCCAAGGAGGAGGCGCGACGAGACUCGGGCCUGGGCGCCUCGCAGACGGCAGAGGUGGCAUAUUUGGAGAAGAUGGGCUUGGAGUACGAAGAGCACGACAUCACCGAAUUUGAAGCGUUUCUUCGAAAGUGUCUCGGUGCCGGUAUAGCCCCACGCUGCGACCACAAAUCCGACCCAGAACAGCCUCGUUGGAGAGAAACAUUAGGGGGGGUGACACGAAGUGCAGUGGAUUUCCCUUGGAAAGAACACAGUCUCGAGAGAGGUCCAACCGGUCUUCCAAAAAAGAAGAGAAAGACUUCGGCUCCCUCGACGUCUCCGGCGCUUUUCCACGUGUCCACCGGUCGGAGGAUGGACACCAGGGCAGGCACAACAUCGCCAGGAAUCCUUGGGCGUUUUGGUUAA